GCACCGAGAGGCCCAGAGACUGCGGCGCGGAGGGCAGCACCGUGCUGAAGGUGCAUGCCAAUAAUGGGGGGCUCAGAUGGAUCAUCGCAGCGAGGGAUGCUGCCGGAGCCAACCCACAGCGCUUGGGGCAGGAGUUUUAGGGAGAAGGGAUGUAUCCCUGGGUGGGGGGGACGCUCAUUUUGGAGAACGGGGGUGGCUUCCUGCCCCACGCUCCACCCCGCCGCGCUGGCGCGGUUUCCAUUCCAGCCCAGGUGCUUUGUGAGCGGUGUCAUCCGCCGCUAGGCAAAGGAAACUUGAUCGGAGAGAUUAAUGCACUGAGAUGAAGGGCAGAGGAAGCAGGAUGUCAGCUUCUCAGAAGGUGCUGCCGUAAGCUGUGCGCACCGUUCUGCCCUGGGACGCGGCCCGACUUAGGCAGCACCGGGGCAGCGAUAGGAACAUCGAUCUGCAAAAACAACAGCUCAACGGGGCGUGGGUCCCUAAAGCCUACGUGCGGGCAGGACGCGGAUGCGCUCCCCGGGUGCGAACGGGCAGGGCUGCCGCGGGCUGAGCGCCGCCAUCUCGCACCAUCAGCUCCAACCGCGACCACGUGCGGCGCGCGGGGCGGGGCGUGAUGACGUCACAGGCUGCGUCACGCGGCGCGCCGCGCCGAGGCGGAAGUAGCGGCGGUUGCCGGGGUAACUGUUGGCGGGGCGGUGUCAUGGGCGAGCUGGGCUCGGAGAGCGGCGAUGGGAGCGCGUACAGCCUGCGGCCCGGCCUGCAGCGGCGAUUUAAGGCAGCUGCGGUGAAGGAAUGCAUCCGCGCCGUGCUGAAGGAGAAGCUGGCCGACGUGCAGUACGUCCCUGAGGAAAUCCCACAGCUCACGAAGUCUUUAUCGGAGAUAAUCAAAGAUAGGCUGAAAGAGGAAGGAUUUGAGAGGUACAAAAUGGUGGUGCAGGUUGUGAUUGGAGAGCAGAGAGGAGAAGGAGUGAAGACAGCCUCUUUUGUGUGGUAGCUGCAUUUGGCUGCUUCUACUAUUGAAGAUAACUGCACAAAAGGACAGAGGUGGGGGAGAAUACUUAAGGGUAUUUUUUGUUACCAUAAUAUACACAAAUACAGCGUGUUCUUCCUUUAAUACUUGUAGAGCAAUACAGCUCUGCAAAGCAUAUCCUGUACGUGUUGAACUACAGCAAUUUUCCUCCCUUGUUGAUGUCAAUAUAGCUUUAAGUGUGUCAUUAUGUCCUUUAUGUAAAUUGCUGUUUGUUUUUAUAUAGUGUGCUGGUUUUGUCCUAAAAAGAGUAUUGCCAGGAGCUGUUGUUUUUAAGGCAGAUGUGACUUCUGUUCUAAGAGGGUUCUACUGCUUUUACUUCGUUAGUUUUCUGAGGAGAAUGAAGUAUUUCCAAGAAAUGUAACAUAAUAAAUCUGUAUAUUUACUUUU